AUGGGUUGGGUCUUAAAUGCCACGGAGGCUAUAAACGAUGAGUCUCAAUAUCCGACCAUCAUUGCCAUUUGCGUCGUUCUUUCGGUGGUGUCCAUCGCCGUCGUUGGUACCCGUCUUUGGAUACGCUUCAAAGCACGCGGUCUUGCUAGUGAUGACUGGAUGUCUCUUCUAUCCGUGGUGUUUGCUCUCAUCUAUUCGAUUCUCUGCAUUGUCCAAACAAGAUAUGGAUUGGGACUGCCUAUCAAGGACCGACCUCCGGCGAAUCUGAUUCCUUACACCAGAGUCAAUUAUGCAGGACGACCCAUUUACCAAAUCGGAAUCAGCUUUUUCAAGAUUGCACUCCUCAUCAGCUAUUUGCGGCUCCUCAAGGGGACAGACCAAAAGACGUAUCGCUACGUUGUCUUUGGUACCAUCCUGCUGGUCUUUCUGGCGCAUCUUGGCUGCGCCCUCUCCCUCAUCUUGGCCUGUCACCCUGUUGAUAAGUCUUGGAACCCCCUGAAAGCCGGAACUUGCUUGGCGGCUGGACCUUCAUUCACAGGCUAUGCUGUUGUCACCAUUGUUUCCGAUAUCAUUGUUGCCAUUCUGCCUCUGCCAGUUCUCCUCAAGCUCAACAUCCAGACAAGCAAGAAAGUCGGCCUUAUUGCCAUCUUCUUGCUUGGUCUAUUCACCACAAUCUGUUCUAUCCUGAGAUAUACACAGAUUAACCGAAUUUCCAACGGGGAUGGCAACUCCACAAUGCUUGUCCUUUGGGGUACCAUUGAGUUCAAUGUUGGCAACAUGGUUUCAUCCCUGCCGUUCUUGGCACCGGUCUUUAUGCGAAAGGCCAAGGAAUACCGCACAAAGAACUCGUACAACAACGGAUCAUCUCAUCAGAACAGUCGAGGAGGUCCCAAGGGCGAGCACUUUAAGCUCAGCGAUGUGACCGCCAGCCAAGAUCACGACAACGAUAAGGGCGUGAUGACUGUUGCAAAGUCAUCGAGCGAGGAAAACAUUCUUCAGAACAGUGGCAUCAUGAAGUCCAUUACAUACAGCGUACGAGUCGACGAUGAUCGCAACCAACCUAGACGGCGUAACGACAGUUUCGAAGAUAACGUUUAG